GGGGAGGAUGCGGCGCUAGGCUCCCAGCUCUGGGGCUCGGUUACUCUGACCGGCCGCUGGGUGCCCUGGAGAGGCGCCGCCGCUCUGAGCAAGGGAAAGGCCCGUGCUGGUUCCUCGCAUCGAGGCGAACUCAGGUUGCGCCAGAUCUCCGAGGGAUCGAAGGCUGCUCGCGCGUGGGGCGGCGAGAGAGCUCGGAGCACCCCGGGGCGCUCGCAGGACUUGCUGUUAAGACAACUGUUAAAACAUGGUGGAUUAUUAUGAGGUUCUAGGAGUGCAUAGGCAUGCCUCUCCAGAAGACAUUAAAAAGGCGUACCGCAAACUAGCUCUAAAGUGGCACCCUGAUAAAAAUCCAGAUAAUAAAGAAGAAGCUGAGAUGCGAUUCAAACAAGUAGCUGAAGCAUAUGAGGUUUUGUCAGAUGCUAAAAAACGGGACAUCUAUGACAAAUAUGGAAAAGAAGGCUUAAAUGGAGGAGGUGGAGGUGGAAGUCAUUUUGACAGCCCGUUUGAAUAUGGAUUUACAUUCCGUAACCCAGAAGAUGUCUUUAGGGAGUUUUUUGGUGGAAGGGACCCCUUUUCAUUUGACUUCUUUGAAGAUCCUUUCGAUGACUUAUUUGGAAACCGACGAGGUCAACGUGGGAACAGAAACAGAGGGGGUGGGCCAUUUUUCUCUGCAUUUAGUGGAUUUCCUGCAUUUGGGAGUGGUUUUUCUUCAUUUGAUACAGGUUUUACUCCGUUUGGUUCAUUGGGGCACGGGGGCCUUACUUCAUUCUCCUCUACAUCAUUCGGUGGCAGUGGGAUGGGUAGCUUCAAAUCAGUAUCAACAUCUACUAAAAUAGUUAAUGGCAGAAAAAUUACUACGAAGAGAAUUGUUGAGAACGGACAAGAGAGAGUGGAAGUUGAAGAAGAUGGCCAGUUAAAGUCAUUAACAGUAAAUGGUGUGGCAGAUGAGGAAGCUCUUGCUGAGGAGUGCAGCCGUAGAGGACAACAGGCCCUACCUUUCCAGUCUACCAAUAUCCGCCUCCCGAAGUCCCACAAGCCUGCCACUUUCCCCAAACAUGCCUAUCAUAACGAUGAGGUGGAAGAACAAGAUAGAGCCCGGGUUACAAGCAACUUGGAGACCCCUUUAUAUACAUCAGGACACAAAGAAGGCAGCAAGAGAAGGAGGCAGAAGCAGAGAGAGGAACAGAAGAAGAAGAAGCCAACCAAAGGAAAUUACUAAAACGGACUCCUCCGAUACUCAAUACCUUUACAAUGACACCAUAUGUUAUUACAUUUGAGCACACUUUUUUGUGUAUAUAUUUUUUGGAUUGUAUACACUGUUAGUAAGGAAGAUGAUUCAUAUUUAAAACUACACUAAAAUUGCACUAUAUUACUCGUUAGCAGCACAGAGUGGCUUUUUUGCCAGUCAGAUUGGGGACUUCAAAGUAGGCUGAUCUUGGUUAGAGGUGCAUUGUAUUUUGAAAUUUGGAAAAUCUUGCAGAAUCACUUACUACUUCCUUCCCAGCAACUAGAUCUACUGUAAUCUAGUGUUUUCCUCUAGGAUAUAAGGGGUUGUAACAAUGUCUCUUUAUGUCUACUUCUCCUGGUAUCCUCAGGCCUGUUAACAUAUCUGAGUUAAACCUUGAUCCGCUUUCCCGUUGACUUCAGUGGGAGUAGAACUAAGCCUUUAGAAACUAGCUUUAAGAAACUAUCUAGUAAUUAUGCAAACUUCAUAAUUGCAUUUUAUGUUAACUUUUUUGUAACUUAGGCAGAAAAAUUUCUGUUAUGAUUAAAUAUGCUGUCACAUGUUGCAUUGUGAGGUUACAUCUGGUGAUUUAAGAAAGCCAGUGUGAUUCUGGUCUCCUGUAAAUAUUCAUACUGAUUUAUUAUGCAUGUAGACUCCCGGUGAGUCACUGAGUGAAAUCAUUCCUUGUGUUUUUCAUCAUUUUCAAUUUCUACCAAGUCUCUCCAGACAAAUUAUCUAAAUGUUGUUGUUUUAAAUUUACACUUGGUUUCUGCUGAGUGGAUUUCAGAUCCUGAAUGUUUUUCAGGUUCCAUAUGAUUCUACCAAGUAAUUCUUUGCAGAAAUAUUUAUCUAGAAUGUCAGUCACACAUGAGGAAAGUAUAUUUACAUUAGUUAUAUUGCAGGACUAAACUUUUUUUGUUUGGAAACAUUUUCUUCACUUUUAAAAGAAAUAUGUUGAGUCUGGCAAUAUUACUUCGUUGCUUCCCAUAAUUGUUUCAUGUGCAUGACACACUGCUUCUUCUAACCUUUUAAUCGAGCACUAAGUAGAAUCUUUCUAUUGUCUUAACUACUUCCCUGCAUGUUCCUUGCCAGUAGAUUGCCUUUUCUCUUUAACCUAUGAAUAGUAAUUAUCAACCAUGUUUGUUUUGUUCUUUUGUCUCUGCUCUUUUUGCUAGUAUGUUGGUGAUGUAACUGACUUAAAACUGGCACUGUUGGAAACCCAGAUUUCCUGGAGAAAUUCACUCAUCCUUGAUAUUUACAAAAUGUAGCAAUGCACACAAUGAUGUAAGGAAGAUGCUAAACAGAAAAGUAAAAUCUGCUGCUCUAGAAUGACUGUUAAAAUAUAAGAAAUCUUGGUAAUCUACAAUAUUUGGAUGGUUUAGCAUAUAAUGCUAGCAUUAGGAAAAUGUAACCGUAUGCAGAUUGUUAGGGUACUUAAAUUAGGUUUAUCUGAAAUUUAAGAUUGAGAACAGUUUUUGUUUGUCACUUAUAAGUACCACUUAAUUGUUUUGUGCAGUGUUACUAAUAUUUAAAAAUAAAGACAAUUCUCUUUA